GUCCCCCCUCCACAGCUUUCUAGGGGUUGAAUUACUGCUAAAACCAGUGAAAUAAAACACUCUGCUGGGGUAAAUUCAUAAUUAAGCCCAGAAAAACAAACACAGUAUUCUCACUGUCUGAUCUUACAAAUGGUUGUGUGAAGUUCCGUUUCAAAAUAAAGUGCCAGCCUGUGGCCACGCCUCCCGGGGCCCCUGCCGGCCGAGCGCGGCGAGCCCUCCCGAUGGCGGGCUGCGAGGAGGUGAGCGUGUCCGGCUUGGAGGGGUUCCGCCGGGCCGUGGGGCAGCACCACGACAAGACCAUCUUCGCCUACUUCACUGGCUCUAAGGACGCCGGGGGCAAGAGCUGCUGCCCCGACUGCGUGCAGGCUGAACCGGUCGUACGAGAGGGGCUGAAGCGUAUCAGUGAAGGAUGUGUGUUCAUCCACUGCCGAGUGGGAGAGAAACCUGACGGGAAGGAUCCCAGUGAUGACUUCAGAAGAAACCUGGAAGUGACAGUUGCGCUACUUGAGUAUGGAACACCAAAACUGGCGGCAUCUCAGUGCCUUCAGGCCAACCUCGUGCCAGUGCUGUUCUCUGAAGAUUAAGAUUUGAUGGUGGCAGUUGUGUCUGGACUCCCUGAGUUCCUCUUAGUGCAAAGGCAACUGCAUACUUGCUUUGAAUUCACGUUAGCAAUAAACAAAUGAUGAUGUAAAAAAACGAAUAAAUGAAGCGCCAGGGAUUUGAACAGGGGAUGCUGGUUGUGGACAUGUGGGUGUCGGGUUUGUGUGGGCCUCACAGUUGCCACCGUGAACUUGCCAUUCCCUGUGUGCCCACACUGGCUGUGGUCAUUUUACAUUCAUCCUGUGGACUUCCCUUCAAGACUAGUUUUCAGGGUACACAAGAUAAUGUUAAUGGGUUAAAAAUGUACAGAAAAAUAGAAAGUGAUCAUUUCCUCA